UCCGUUUGCUUUUGUCGGAAUACUUGCAUCUUAUCGCUGAAAUGUAAAUCUGUUAAUUUCCCUAACAACUCUUUAGUGAUUUUGAAUAACCGAUAUGGGAUCAUGAUUAUAUUGACUAAAAAGUAAAUUUUUGAUGUAUCUUCAGUUCGCAAAGAUUUCCAACAGAAUAUUAUAGCUAAUCACGCAAGUUGGUACAGGUGUGCGAGGUGCAACAAAUGAAGAACUUCUUCCGGUCUAGUAAAAACAAUUAAAUUUCAAUUAUUUCUUUUUAUUUCGUUGGUAAUGAAAAGUUAUGCAAGUCAGUCGUACUAGAACUUAGCAACUGAAUAUUUACGCCCUGCUGAAUGUACAGCGAAGAGGAAUUGAGGACGCAAGACACCACAACGUGCUUUCAAAAUAAAUAAAUUCUAAGGUAACAAAAGAGAAGUGAAAAUGGGAAGACAUCCAGGAUGCUUUUUCAUGUUCGUGCUCAUUGUGAUUACAAUGCCAGGUGUCGAAUCACUUCGAACAGUACUGAACGGCGAACCGGCAAAAUAUGUUGAUCUUAUGGAAUCAUAUGAUGGAGAACUUAUAUACUCUUCUGAUAACAAUGCCUUUCUGAAUACAUCGGUGUUGUUUAUUGUUGACAACUCUUCAACCAUACACCUUGGAUCAGAUAAUUACAGUCUGGUCAGUGACCCAGUUUACGCUGGACAGGAGAUUGUUGCAAACGAUGCGUUGAACUCACCAGGCAAUACUUCAAUAGGAAGUGCACCAUUACCUUUGAUUGCUAUGACAAUAAGCGAACUGACAAGUGAAACUUUCGAAAUUUUCAUUUAUAUUAAAAAUGAUAAUAGUAAUGGUGCCAGUAAUGUAAAAGCUGUGAUCAACCUGGAGGAAGGACUCAAGAUAGAUUAUGGAACUACCACAUACCUGAGUGUGGGGACAGAUUACACUUUGUUAAAUGGUAGAAGGGAGUUUUUUUGGAAUGCAGGAAACAUGAGUGUAUUGGAACAAAGCAACGAUACAUUUACAGCAGAACUUGAUAAAGAAAAUAUGAAGACCACGUACAACUUUUUUUCUCUUUCUGUGACGUACACUCAGGCAACAAGUCCAACAAGUCAGGAGUUUGGUCCAUUGGUUGCUGAGGUAUGCUUAGAGAAAAUUGUCAUCGAAAAAAAGAGUGUACUGUAUCAACAUGGAUUUACUGCCCUGGCAUUCUUCAUGGCAUUCAUUCUAGGGAUUCUUCUUGUCUGUCUUGGUUUCUUUAUCUACUAUAUGAUACGCAGAAAGAAAACAAUUUCACCAACUAAAGUAAAUCAAGAGAAGUUGAUGAUGGAACGAGGCAAGACAAUUAUGAUGGAUGAAAAUGAGGCAGUAAAGAAAAGUGGACAUACUAUCAAUGAUUACAGUGUGAUAGGUGAAGGUGACUCUAUUGUUGGUGUUUUUGGGAUGAAGGACAAGAUGCAGAUGCACCGUGAAUUAGACAGUCUUGAUAUUGUUAACACUGUCAAUGUUGACACUAACCUCGAGAGGGAGAGAAAUGAUGCUUCCAUGGCAACCACGGAACUUCUUCUUACAGGUCUUCACAGUAACAACGACAUAAACAAGGGAACUCUGGAGACCGCACUUGGAAACUUGCGUAACCGUAGAGUGCACCUGGAUCGGCAACAAGACGAGGAUUAUAAACGUGAGAUGAAGAAACUCUACAAGAAGAUCAGUGCUAAAAAUAGGGCUAUGAUGAAUACCUUGAUGCAGAAACAGAGAAAUGAGAAAAAAGAGUUAGUGGGUAAUACUCAGGACCUUCCAGCUAAGGAAAGGAAUGGAAUGAUCAACUUGAUGAAUGAACAACACUUGGCGGAACAGAAUGCAGAAACUUACAGGUUAAAGUUAGAACAAGAUGAGGAGACUGAGAAACUUAGAAAGGAAUUUGCUAUCAGAAGUCGUAUGGGUAUAAAAGAACUGCAGAUUCAAGCCCUGAAUGAUGUAAAGGAGCAAGGUAAACUAAGUGACCCUCAGAUGAAAUGGUUGCUGGCAGAACAUCAAAAGAACCAGAAAUCAUUGGAGAGUAUGUAUGAUGAGGAGAUAUCCCGGCAGAGAAUGAACCUGGAGGAGAAGUUGGCACGUAGGAAAGCCCUUGCACAGUCUGCAGAGACACUUGAGGACAACAAUGAUGAUUUACUGAAUACGGUUGCUGGGCAACAGGUUAUAGCCAUAGAGAAAAUGAAGAAGAGCAAGUGUAUAUCUGCAGCCGAUGCAAAUGAGUUGAUAGAUGAAGCCAAAAGGGAAAUGAUCGCUAUCAAAGACAAGAUGGAGAAACAAAGAGCUGACCAAGAAAGUUCUCUUCACAAGAAACUCAGUGAGCUGAAGAAGAGGAGGCUGAAUGAUCUAGCUAAAGAACACGACAUGGAACUGAAAGAAUAUGAUAGGAAAUGUAAAGAAAUGCAGACUGAUGGACCAAUAGACCCAAUAACAUACGCAGAUGGAAGGCUGAAAUUGUUAUCCCAACAGCGGGUGGAGAGAAGUAACCUUGAGAAUGAGGUAGACACUGAGAAUACUAACGAGUUGAUCAAACUGCGUUCAGAGAUAGCUGUACAGACAGAGGGCGAGUUACGCGGUGUUGCUGAUCACUUGAAAAUGAAAAUAAGUCAAGAUGAUAAUGCUGAAGCCAUGUUAGAGAGACUGAUACGCGAGCACCAGAAUGAAACUGAGGCUCUACGUGCUUCUCAAAAGCGUAAUCGUGAUAAACAGUUACGCAAACUGCAGGAUCGUCUAGAAGAGAAUCGCGAACAAUGGAACCAGCGUAAAGAGGCAGAGAAAAUGGAGCAGGAACAGUUGCGACAAUACGAAGAUAAUGUUGUCAGUAAGUUGGUGAACAGUCAGGUCUCUAUGUCAGAUGCUGAAAGGGAGAGAAUCCUGAAGGAACAUGAGAAACAGAUGGUCAAGUUAGAAAACAGUUUGACAUUGAAUAAACUGCGUCAGAAACGUAUGGUAGAGGAGAAGAUUGCACAGAGGCGAGCUCAACAGAUGGAAAAACUUCAGCUGAAACAGCAUAAAGAAAAGGAGACACAGAAACGUCAGAUGGAAAACAAUGCUGAGGAAUCUGAUGAUGAGGACGUUCAGAGAAAGAGGCUCGAGUUGAUGAAGGAACAUGUGGAACAGAAAAUGGCAGUCCUUCAGGGUCGUAAAAUGGACUGGGAUACAGAGUUAGAAUCUAUUCGUGUUGAGAUGCUGAAGGAAAGAUCUCUAGCUCUGAAGGAGCAGGAGGAACGGCUUGGUGCUCUUGUUGCUGAGCUCCAGCUAUCAAAGGCUAAAGAGCUGGCAAAGAUAGAGGAGCAGCAGAGGGCUAUACAUAACCUGAAGACAAACCUCAUAGAUGACCUCAAUGCUAGAGGUGUUCUUUCCGAUCCCGAGACACAGGCUGUCAUCAAGAGACAUCAGGAGGAACAACAGCAGUUGAAUGAGAGAUUAGACAUGCAGAGACAACAACAAGAAAAGAUGUUGAAGCAGAAGUUACAGAUGAGACUUGAACAGAGAGAGAAGUCUAUGGUACAACAACAAGACGAGGAGUUGAAAAAUCUGAUGGGGCCAAACAAAACUGCAUCUAAAAUCAAGAAAAUGCUGCUUAUACAUAAUCACAUGCUUGCUAUGGAGAAAAUGAGGAACCAGUUGGAAAGAGAGAUCAGCCAGACUCUAGAACAAGUACGAUACGAGUAUGAAGUUUGUAAGCGGAAAGCUAUUCAAGAUCAGGAAAUGGACUUUAUAGCCGGGCUUGUAAGGGUUGGUACGAUUCCUAAAGAAGAGCUGGAAUCUGUUUUACAUAUGUUAUACCCGGGUAAAUCUGAGGCAGAGUUCAAAGAGAUAUUUGAAAAGAUAUUUGACCCUCGUACCCAGGCAAAACAGGGUACACCGUUAAGCAAGGAAGAUGUUAGCCAUCUGGUCAGUAGAGUCCGCAGUGCACAGGCACAUCCUCCACCUUUCAUGAGACGAACCUCUCAGAUGAGUCUUAGUGGCUCAAUGUCCAGUCGCACAAGUGUUACUGCGAGAGAUAUAAAUUUAGAUGAUUCACUGCGACGAUCAAGCAAGAAGAAAAAAGACACCUUUGCUAUUCCUCAUGAACAACAGCAAUACUACGAUGAAGAUCAUUUUGAAGAUAACUCACGUUUCCGUCCCAGCAGUCGUCAGUUUGAAGACGUUACGCGCUUCCAGCCACCUGGCCGACAAACAUAUGACGAUUUGCAACAGUCUCGUCGGUCAUCCUCUGGCCGUCCAUCAUUUGAUGAAACCCAACAAUUCCGUCCAAGUAGUCGACAAUCAUUCGAAGAUCAUCCACAUCCUCUGGAAUCAAGUUAUUCGUUACAGGGAAGUUUACGCCAAAAUGGGCAAGGUUAUGCAAAUCCCAUUAUGGAGGAAGAUGAUGAUGUCAUCCAGGCACAAUACAUGUCUGGAGAUCAGAAAUAUCGUCAGCCACCUCCCACACAGCUACCUCCACUUUCAGCUGGUGGUAAGAAAAAGAAAAAGAAGAAAUUUUUGAAAAAAAUGGCUAACUCGCCGCGUCAUGAAAAUGACGAUGAUUAUUAAUUAGAAACAGAAUUGACAUUUAAAUAUUAAGGGUACCCUUUAGGAAUAAGCAAUAUGUAUCUGUAGUGAAAAUAAAUAGGUACUAUAGUUUGAUCUAAGAUAAAGCAAUUGAAUGUAAUAAAUAUUUUUGCAUUAGAUCUAAGGUACAGAGAAUAAUAGGAAAUUUCCUAAUUCCUGAGUGCCAAGGAUUUUUGUUUUCAGAUUUUAUUAAUAAUUAAUGUAACAUGUCAGCCAGUUUUGAUUCUUUUUUUGUCCAUUUUGAAUGCUUUCAGCAAAGGACUUUCUUAAGUUUGCAUAAAUUGUUUUUAAAAAAAAUAAGCAUUAGAAACUUAAUCAUUUUGUGCAGCAUGUUCAAAAUUAAAAUAAAUUUUGUUCACUGAAAUACCUCUUUAUAAUAGCAAUAACUUCAAAUUUCCAUAAUAUUGUAGAUCUACUGAAAUAUGCUUCAUUUCACUGGAAGUAUUUUAUGGCUGUUUUUCACCAAAAUUAAUAUUAGCUGAUAGUCUGAUUUCAGUUGGCACAUGUCUUAGGUUUUUUUCACCCCAUUAAUACUUGGUUCCAUAUUAUGAACAUUGCUCAAUAUAUUUUAUCACUCUUGGUUAUAGUAAGCUUUACACUUUCUUCUAUUUAUAUACUUCCUUACUUAAAAUAUAAUACGUGUAAUUGAAACAGACUUAGAUGUUUUCUCAAGGUAACAAAAUACGUUGAAUUCAGAACCAUUUUCAGUAAGACUUUAGUGCUUGUAUUCUUAUGUCAGUUCCUAAUCUGGCUAACUAUAGCAGAAACCCAUCAAAAUGGCAUAAUAGGAAGUCAGCUUAAUGCUAUUUGAAAUUAUUCAGUCUUUAUGUUCCAUUACAUACAUUCCACAUUACAAAAUACAGUGUAAGGAUGGUUUAGAUGUAUUUUUUUAAAAAAACAAAAACUCUCAGCAUGUGAUUGUGUUUAAUCUUGAAAAUGAGCCGUGCCAUGAGAAAACCAACAUAGUGGGUUUGCGACCAGCAUGGAUCCAGACCAGCCUGCGCAUCCGCGCAGUCUGGUCAGGAUCCAUGCUGUUCGCUAACAGUUUCUCCAAUUCCAAUAGGCUUUAAAAGCGAACAGCAUGGAGCCUGACCAGACUGCGCGGAUGCGCAGGCUGGUCUGGAUCCAUGCUGGUCGCACACCCACUAUGUUGGUUUUCUCAUGGCACGGCUCAUUUUAUAUUUUAAGGAUUUUGAUAACUUAUUUAAUACUUGCUCAGUCUAGUGCUGUAAUGAAUAACAGACUAAGGUUAUGUUCUCACAACCUUUUGUUGCACAACAAGAUUUAUGAAUUGUUAACAAGCCCAUCCAAAUACAUUAUGUAGUAUAGGAUAACCAGUAACUCCGUUCUUGAAAUGUCAGUUGAUCAGCCAAAUGGUAAAUGUUCUUAAUCGUGCAGUUAUAUCUCGAUUUAAUGGGCCAAACUGGGCAAAUGUUGUCAAAGACCAGGACAUACAAGUCAUUUAUUCUCACCUUUACUGUAUGUUCAUGAAAUUUUCAGUUACUUUGGCACAGCAAGAAAGUGCAAAUUAGAAAUCAAGGCAAAACCAGUACAGAGAACCGAGUGGUAGGAUAAUUCAGAUAGAAACAGUAUUCUAAUGUUCUGUCAGGUGUUAAGUUCAUAUUGAUUUUAGUGUUAUUGUGGUUAAAGUUUCAGUCUUAUUUGAACCAAAGCGAGUACGUACUGGUAUCAUAAGGGGUGUGGUUGUGACCAGAGUUGUGUUCAAACCUGAGCAGCUGACACCUUAACCACCAGACCACUGCUCCAUUUCUCAGGUAUUUGACAUCUUUAUGCAGUGUACAGGGUGGAAUUUAUUGCUGUAGCAGAGGAGUCAACAAGUAUCAUAAAAACAUUUAUUAAAACUCAUUCACAGUACCUAGUUUUUUUUUUUGUUUUUUUUUAAUCCCCCGCCGUGGCGGAGGGAUUAUAGGAAUGGUCUGCGUCCGUCCGUCCUUCCGUCUUUCCGUCCUUCCGUCCGUCCGUCCUUCCGUCCGUAACAAAAUCGUGUCCGGUCCAUAUCUCCUAAACCCCUUGAAGGAUUUUCAUGAAACUUGGGUCAAAUGAUCACCUCAUCAAGACGAUGUGCAGAACCCAUGAGUCAGCCUUGUCGGUUCAAGGUCAAGGUCACAACUCAAGGUCAAAGGUUUGAGCCUGCCAUUUUGUGUCCGCUCUAUAUCUCAUAAACCCCUUGAAGGAAUUUUAUAAAACUUGUGUCAAAUGAUCACCUCAUCAAGACGAUGUGCAGAACCCAUGAGUCAGCCAUGCCGGCUCAAGGUCAAGGUCACAACUUAGGGUCAAAGGUUUUGAGCCUUCCAUUUUGUGUCCGCUCUAUAUCUUCUAAACUCCUUGAAGGAUUUUCAUGAAACUUGGGUCAAAUGAUCACCUCAUCAAGACGAUGUGCAGAACCCAUGGGUCAGCCUUGUCAGCUCAAGGUCAAGGUCACAACUCAAGGUCAAAGGUUUGAGCCUUCCAUUUUCUGUCCGCUCUAUAUCUCCUAAACCCCUUGAAGGAAUUUUAUCAAACUUGGGUCAAAUGAUCACCUCAUCUAGACGAUAUGUAGAACCCAUGAGUCAGUCAUGCCGGCUCAAGGUCAAGGUCACAGCUUAGGGUCAAAGGUUUGAGCCCUCCAUUUCGUGUCCGCUCUAUAUCUCCUAAACCCCUUGAAGGAAUUUUAUAAAACUUGGGUAAAAUGAUUACCUCACCAGAACGAUGUGCAGAAAUUAUGAGUCAACCAUGCCAGCUCAAGGUCAAGGUCACAACUAAGGGUUGAAGGUUUGAGCCUUCCAUUUUGUGUCCACUCUGUAUCUCCUAAACCCCUUGAAGGAUUUUCAUCAAACUCGGGUCAAAUGAUCACCUCAUCAAGAACUCAUGAGUCAGCCAUGUCAACUCAAGGUCAAGGUCACAACUGAAGGUCAAAGGUUUCAGCUCUGUAUCUCCUAAACCCCUUGAAGGAUUUUCAUGAAACUUGGGUCAAAUGAUCAGCUCAUCAAGACGUUGUGCAGAAUUCAUGAGUCAGCCAUGUCAGUUCAAGGUCAAAGUCACAGCUAAAAUCAAAGGUUUACCCUUUCACUAUCCAUAGCAGUGGCGGGGGAUAUAGCUGUCUUUCAGACUGCCUUGUUUUAAGUUAAAGAUCUUGAGUUUUCACUUGCACCUACUAUAUGAUACCAGGUAUGUCAUAUUUUCAUGAACACUGAAUGAAGUCAAAUAUUUGUUGAUUUUUAAAUGUAGUUAGUUUCUUCAUAAAUGUUUAGUAUUUGUUAUUUACUUACACUUUCUGUCUCUAACAUUCAAGACUUGUAUAGUACCAACGUAGAGUCUAUUUAAGCUAUUUAUUGUACUGGACCACUUAAAACCUAAGACAUAACUGUUUAUUUUUAUGUACCAAUCAGAUCCUGUGAUAAGAUUUUAUAUAUUUAACUUUUAUUUAAAACUUUUUUUAAAACUUUGUGAUAUUACAGAAUAUAGAAUAUUCUGAAUUAAUGUUUGAAGUUAUAGUGUAUUACCUAUGUUGAUAUUAUUCAUUUACUAAAUUAAAUGCACUUUAUGAUCUUUUUUUUCUGUUGUUUAAAUGUAUUCAUAGAAUUUGUAUUCAAGUCAUUUACACGUAUAUGUGAUAAUAAUAAGGCAGUCUCCUUUUGGCUUCAGACAUCCGUAGCUGACUUACUUCACUACUCAAGCUGUUGUUGUUGUUAUAUCAUUUAUAACCUUAUCAUGCUGGACACGACUGAUUAUACCUUUGUGACCAGUGUAGAUCUUGAUCAGCUUGCACAGGGCCUCCACUGGACCUCAGAAAGUUGUAGCCACAUUUUUAGAGAAUUUUAACUGCCAAAUGGAAGCUGAAUUGCCACAUUUUAAUAAAAUUCUUGUUGCCACUUUCAAAAAUCUGUAGCCAGUUCUUUAAAUUUGUAGCAUUUGGCUACAUUGGAGAAUGGCAGAGGAGGCCCUGCUGCACAUCCAUGCAGUCUGAACAUGAUCUGCACGGUUUGCCAUUCAGUCAGUAUAUUUUUGGUAAGCGCCCCUUUUAACAGUUAGUGGUACUGACCAAAUUGAAAGAUGGAAAGUUCAUUAAAGAAAUUUAGCAGGGUUAAUUUUGUGGUUUUGACCAAACAGUUGUUUCAUAGGGAAAUGAAAAUUAUGGUUUGAACAUUUUAAAAUGAAAUGAUUAAUGAUGGUUAACUUAUUGGUUGAUUUUAUGGAUAGAGGCCACUACAAAAUUCUAGAAAAUUAGGCUCUCAUGAAUAUUGAUGAGAUCAUAGUAUGACACAUUUUGCAGAUGCUUUGGAGCAAGUGUAAUGGAAUAAGUCAGUCAUGGAUUUUUGACAAUUUCUAUUUAUUUUGUUAGUUGAUCAUUUUGUAUACUUGUUGAAUUGAUUAGUACGCUUUUAUUCUAAAUUCUAUUUUUAUGAUUUCUACAAUAAAAUUCUUUUCUAAGGUAAAAUUCUA